AUGUUCGAAACCAGUUACGCUGGGAUCUGGAGACUAAUCGUGCGUCUCUCUUAUAGGUUCAGCCAAACGGGUCUGCGAUUGGCCCAGACGAUGGUCUUUGCCAUAGAAGAAAUAAACAUGAACAACGAUUUGCUUCCAAACAUAACUUUGGGUUAUAAGAUCUUAGUCAGCUGUGGCACACCUUCUGAGGGACUUAAAAGAGCCUUGACAUUCCUAAACGAACAGGAUGAAACCGUUGCUAGUUACGUAUGUGAUGGAUUUUCAUCCGUACCAGUCAUUGUUGGGGAUGGAGCAUCAUCGCAAUCGGUCGUCGUUGCAAGAAUGGUGGCCCCAUUCAGCGUCAGCAUGAUCAGUUACUUUUCUUCCUGCACUUGUUUGAGUGAUAAGCGUGAGUUUCCAACGUUUUUCAGGACGAUUCCUAGUGAUUCUGUUCAAAUCAAAGCAUUAGUCAAGCUGGUCCAACAUUUUAGAUGGACUUGGGUUGGAGUUGUGGCACAAGACAAUGAUUAUGGCCGAUUUGGAAUCAUGGCAUUUGUUGAAGAGAUUGCCAAGUUUGAAACCUGUGUUGCUUUUAUUGAAUUCAUCUCACCUGUUGGUACUGCAAAGAGAAUGCCACAAGUAGUGGAGACAAUUAAAAAAUCAUCUGCUAAGGUGAUCAUUAUAUUUUGUGCAGAGAGGUUCACCGCUGGUUUGGUGGAAGAACUCGCCCCGAAUAACGUUACUGAUCUCCAACUAAUUGCGAGUGAAGCCUGGGUCACGUCAGUCCAACUGUGGACGGCAAAAACUAUGACGUUACUGUCUGGAACAACUGGAUUUGGAAUAAAGAGUGUGGAAAUUGCAGGACUUAAAGAUUUUCUCUUAAAUAUCCACCCUUCCAAAAAACCACACAACCCGUUUGUAGAAGAACUGUGGCAGGAAGUUUUUGGCUGCAGUGUAAAAAUCUCAAAUGUAACGUUGGAUAGCAAUAAACCAUCUUUGUUGAAACUGUGUACAGGCACAGAAAGUUUAGAGGCAGUUGAGACUGCAUACAGUGAUGUGUCUGAGUUAAGAGGUUCCUACAAUGUUUACAAAGCUGUAUAUGCUGUGGCCCAUUCCCUUCAUAAUAUGCAUCAGUGUGAAGAUGGAAAAGGACCAUUUGCCAACAAAGCGUGUGGCAGCAAGCCAAAGAUUUUGCCUUGGCAGCUUUUGCACUACAUAAAGCAGGUGAAAUUUGUCAAUAAUUUUGGACAAGAGGCAGACUUUGAUAAGAACGGAGAUCCCGUUGCUUCAUAUGAUGUGAUAAACUGGCAGAAGGCAGAAGAUGGGACUGUGCGGUUUGUUCAGGUUGGUUACUAUGACGCAGCAUUGCCAGUAGGAAAGGAACUCAUAUUGGAUAAAAGUCGAAUUGUUUGGCACCAUGGAAGGAACAUGGAGGUCUUGCCACCAGUCUCAUUGUGCAGCAAAAGCUGUGUUCCAGGGACACGGAAAGCAACUAAAAUAAACAAACCCAUCUGCUGCUUUGAUUGUGUACCUUGUGCUGAAGGAACGAUUAGUAAUCAAUCAGAUUCGGUAGAGUGCUUCAUCUGUCCGUUAGAACAAUGGUCCAAUGAUCGACGAAAUCAGUGCAUUCCAAAAGAUGUUGAAUUCCUGUCUUUCAACGACAGCAUGGGAAUAACUUUGACGGCAGUAGCUCUGUUUGGAGCUUUUAUCUCAGGGUUUGUUGCUGCUUUUGUUUAUUUCAUAAAAACUCCCAUUGUAAGGGCUAACAAUUCGGAACUAAGUUUCCUCCUACUAUUCUCGUUAAUGCUGUGCUUUUUGUGCUCAAUUGCGUUCAUUGGACAACCAUCUGCAUGGUCAUGCAUGGUGCGGCACACUGCGUUUGGAAUCAGCUUUGUCCUCUGCAUUUCUUGUAUUCUUAGUAAAACCCUGGUUGUCCUAAUGGCAUUUAAAGCAACCCUUCCGGGCAGUGACGUGAUGAAAUGGUUCGGACCCAAACAACAAAGGUCAAUCGUCUUUAUUUCUACAUUUAUUCAAAUAAUAAUAUGGAUCUGGUUGGCGACAUAUCCUCCACUCUCAUCUAAAAACGUCAAGUAUCAAAGUGCACAGAUUAUCCUCGAAUGUGAUGUAGGUUCUACAGUUGCCUUCUGCUGUGUCUUUGGUUACAUCGGAUUCUUGGCGGGCGCAUGUCUAUUUUUAGCUUUCUUGGCUCGAACGUUACCGGACAAGUUCAAUGAAGCUAAAUUCAUAACUUUCAGCAUGCUCUUUUUUGCUGUUUGGGUAACGUUUAUCCCCGCUUACGUGAGCACACCCGGAAAAUACACCGUGGCUGUCGAAAUAUUUGCAAUUUUAGCAUCAACGUUUGGGUUGCUGAGUUGCAUCUUUGCUCCAAAGUGCUACAUUAUAUUGUUAAAACCGGAAGAGAAUACUAAAAAACACUUGAUGUGUAAAUGA